AUGGUUGCAUCGAAUUUGAUUGAGGAUCUGUUCAACAUGCAGGCGACGUGUAAGGAGUUCCUGGGUGCGGCAACUUCAGAUGAUGUAUACAAGCAUGCGACGAUGUCGUAUAAACCGUUAGCGCACUUUUUACUUCACCUCGACGGGCCUGAAAAGAGAUUCCUUGAUCGCUGCGUGGAAGUAGGAAAUGUGGAUGCUAUACUCCGACAUGGGUUCGUGGAGUAUCUCCAGUUUGGCCAUCGUGACAAAGGGAUGGAACUGCUUGCUAGGGCCUCAACAGAGGGCAACGUCGAAGCAGGUUACCUGUGUCCUAUGUUGCUAAUGUUUGAUCACGAAGAGGAGGAAGAAGUGAAAAUGGGUGUUCAAAUGAUGGAAGUUAUCCGUAUUUCUAGGAAGCUCGAGAGCUGCAGCAAGUUCUUCAGGGGCAUUUCCAAUGAUGCCAUUGUGCUCUUAUUAGAAAUGUUUGCAUCUGAAUGA